UUCAGUGACUCACCAGUCCAACCCUCAGGGGCCCGAGCCCACUUCAGACCAUUGGGGGACAGGUGGGACCCACCACCGUCUUCUCCUCAGAGCACCGAGCGCUGCAGGCAGAGACAUGCUGGGGUCUGUCACCCUCUUUCUUGCUGCCUUACUCCCUGCGGGCCAGACAGCCCUCACCCUGGACCAGCCCCUGGUCUCCGUCACCAAAAAGACCGGGAGUGCUGCUACAUUUCACUGCAAGUUUUCGGACGCAAAGAUCACGUACAUCCACUGGUAUCGCCAGCAGCCUGGGAAGGGUCCCCAGCGCCUGCUCUACUAUAACCUGGCCACAUCUCAAGCCACGCUGGAUGCAGGAUUCAGCUCAGAAAAAAUCACCACUUACACAACCAGAGACCAAGGCUGCAGCGUGGUGGUACGGAAACUGGUUAUGAGUGAUGCUGGCACCUAUUACUGCGCCACGUGGGACUCCACAGUGAAACAGGCCCCUCUACUCCUCACACAAAAAGGAGCAGGGCCCGCCCCCCACAGCUCUGGCACUGAAUCUCACUCGCAAUUUCAGGCUCCUCGGCAAACUAACAGGGGCCCCAGGUUGGUUUCCGGAGGAAACAGGUCCAACCUGCCUGCAGCUCUUUCUCUGGAAAACGAUCUCAGCAGCCCUACCCACCUUACAAUUCCCACCAUCCCCUUCUCAGAUACCGGUGGCCUCCCAGUCAGCCUCAGUCUGCCCGAACAGAUGCUACCACUGUCUCCGUCCGACGGUGUCUGCGGAAGGACUCUGUGGCUCUUCUGUCCCGUGGACUUUGAGACAACCCAGCAUCUACCCUGA